UCACAGACGUCCUGACAAGCGCCUGACAAGAUGAAGUGGCUCCUCAUUACACUCGCCUGCAUUCAGCUCUCUGAAUGUUUAGUCAGGGUUCCCUUGAGGAAAGAUAAAUCUACCCGCCAAGUUCUUAAAGAACGUGGGCUUCUCGAGGAAUUUCUGAAGAACAACCAUUACAAUCCAUAUUCCAAAUAUGCAGGGCCCUUCAACACCCAGUCCAUGGCUACAGAGCCUCUUUUAAAUUAUAUUGACAUGUCUUAUUUUGGAACAAUCAGCAUUGGAACCCCACCACAGAGCUUCACCGUCAUCUUUGACACUGGUUCAUCCAAUCUUUGGAUCGCAUCAGUUUACUGCAGCAGCCAAUCAUGCAAAAACCACAAGAAAUUUGCACCAAGCAAAUCAUCAACUUAUCAGGCAACAAACCAACCACUUUCCAUUCAGUACGGUUCCGGCAGUAUGACUGGGAUCCUGGGCUAUGACACAGUCACUGUAUCAAGCAUAAGUGUCAAACACCAGGAAUUUGGGUUAAGUAAGACUGAGCCUGGACGCUCAUUCUCCAAUUCUCUAUUUGAUGGGAUCCUGGGGCUGGCCUAUCCAAGCAUUGCAUCAUCUGGCGCCACACCCGUGUUUGAUAACAUGAUGUCUCAGGACCUAGUGAGUCAGGACCUGUUUGCUUUUUACCUGACCAGACAGCCUGGUGGGUCCGGAAGUGAAGUUGUAUUUGGUGGAGUCGAUCCAAACCACUACACAGGUCAAAUUAACUGGGUGCCCGUCACUCAACAAACCUACUGGCAAAUCAGCUUGGACAGUGUGUCAAUCAAUGGGGAGGUUGUGGCCUGUAGUGAAGGCUGUCAGGCCAUCGUUGACACUGGUACUUCUCUGCUCACUGGCCCCAGUGAAUCCAUCAGCAUUAUCCAGCUAAUGAUCGGUGCAACUGAAGGAUACGGAGGCCUGUCCUCCAUCAACUGUAACAAUUUGCCCUCCAUGCCUGAUGUAGUCUUCACAAUCAAUGGAAUUGACUAUCCCCUUACUCCAUCUGAAUACACACUCCAGGAUCAAGGUACUUGCAUAAGUGGAUUUGAUGGCAUGUAUCUUCCAAGCGCUUCUGGAGGCCUCUGGAUUCUGGGAGAUGUCUUCAUUGGACCAUAUUAUUCCAUCUUUGACAGAGGAAACAAUCGUAUGGGCUUCGCCAAAUCUACCUAAUUUAGUCUUCCAGGAUUUAAUUUAAAGCACAUUCUGAUCCCAUUUUGAGGUUUUGCUCAUUCAUUGGCGAUGAUUGAAGUAGUGGGCCAUAAGGUAACACAAGGUGAAAACCUAGGAAGUCUCCAGUUCAUGAGUGCUCAAGGUCAUCUGAUUAUGCAUGAGAUGCAGCAAGGAGGAACUCUAAAAUAAAGUCAAUGAGCUGGAACCUUUUAAUUACAUUUGGAUGAACCCUUACCACACUGACCCAGACAUUCAACAAAAUGGCUCGACAAAAUGUGCUUUAAAUGGUUACUCUUGCAAAGUCAACCUUGGAUGAUAAAC